GGCGGCGUCGUGCGUGUUGACGUAGAGUACAGCGGCGGCGGGGCGGAACGUGCAGCGAGGUCUGGGAGGGGAUGGCGGACCCGGAGUUGGACGCGAUAAGGCAGCAACGGCUGUCGGAGCUACAGGGGAGGCAUGGGGAAGCGGGGGGCGAGCAAGCUCAACAAGAAGCUAAGCAGAGGGAAGAUGACGUGCGAAAUAACAUCCUAUCCCAGGUCCUCAGCCAGGGUGCUCGGGCGAGGUUGAAUAACCUUGCCCUGGUGAAGCCGGAGAAGGCCAAAGCUGUGGAGAAUUACCUGAUACAGAUGGCGAGAUUUGGCCAGCUCGGUGGGAAGUUAUCUGAAGAGGGUCUAAUAGAGAUUUUGGAAAAAGUGAGUCGACAGACGGAGAAGAAGAUGACGGUAAAGUUUAACAGAAGGAAAGUGAUGGACUCCGAUGAGGAGGAUGACGACUGAGGCGCUGCAAAGGGAUUAUCGGGGAGCACUUGUUUUACAACACAUGCAUUGUUCACAAA